AUGGUGAACCGCUUAAGAGGAAGCCAUUACACGUUCGCCACAUCAACCUCGCCAAAGAUGAGGGCCUAUGCUCCCACUGCCGACUUCGGCAACGUCCAACACAGUGAGCUAAGGGGAAUGAAAGGGGAUUUUGUACCUGUAUACGUGGCGAUGGGGAUGAUAGCGAUGUCAGUGACGCUUGGGCUUUGCACGGCGAUGCACGAGCUGAUGUAUUGCCCGGCGGUGCACUUAAGGAAGAGCAGGAGGGAGACUCUGCCGGAGGUGGAGGACCCUGAUACUGUAGUUGAUGAGGGUGACAAGUUCGUCAAAAAAUCCUUGCUUAGAAAGGUGGCCCACGUCCAGAAGCUUGAACUUGUCCCUCAUCCCAUCGAAGAAGACCCUCUCGCACGGCCGCCGCGCGCAGUGACACUCAAGUCAGUGGGCAUAGAUCCAAAAAGCCACUAA